UCAAAUGCUACGUUGUUCAGAUUGACAAAAACAGCCAAUCACUUGACUGUUUCUUCCAAACGCGUCAUCGUUUUUCCUCCAACUUGUAAACACGUGUGCGGAGCGGAGAGUGUCCCUGUCCAUCUACGGAGAAAAAUAAACUAUCUAAAGGACAUCGAUUAUCUUUAAAAUGGCAAAAAGCCUCAGGAGCAAAUGGAAGAGGAAGAUGCGUGCAGAGAAGAGGAAGAAGAACGCUCCCAAAGAGCUGGCACGCCUGAAACAAGCUCUGAGUAUGGAUAAGAAAGGAGAUGCUGUGAUGGCUGACAUUCAGGACAUCGCCACUGUGGUGCCAGCUGACAAGAUCAAGAAGAAGACUGAUGUGGAUAUGGGGGGGAUGGAGGGCGAAGAGGGUAAGAUGGACAUGGACAGCAAGCGCAACAAGGUAACUCAACUGGAUGAAAAUGGACAGUAUCCUGUGUGGAUGAAUCAAAGGCAGGCCAAAAAGCUAAAAGGCAGGCGCAUUGCAAAGAAAAACGGCCAUGACAAGAAGAAGAAGGGCCUCGCCUGGUGAAGCAGAGGAAACAAAACACAAAAACUGCUUUGCCAUGAAAGACUUUUAACGCUGCAACACAGAAUAAUUUCAUGUGUUGUUUUAUACAUGAUAACUGUGGAAUUUCCCAUUCUGUUAAGUGGAUUACACGAUUCAUGGUUGUGAAACGGAGACUGUUAUUAAGUAAUUCACUGCAGGAAAAUGUUUGUUCUUAUGGAACAGCAGCUUCAUCUUCACGUUAGGACAAGUUUAGAGAAACUACAACUGGUUCAAAAUGUCUGACCGUCAUGUAUUCUCUACUACUACUCAUACUUGGGUCAUAUGUUGCUUGACAUUCGUCAUAUUUUCCCCUCUUAUUGUUGUAGCUUUCUACUGUCAGAUUCUGUAAACUGAUGUGUAUACAUUUUCAAUAUUGCUACGUAUUCUAAAAUAAAGAUGUAUGCAAAAUAAUAAUGAA